UGGCAAGAGGUCUGCAUUCUCCCUCUAGUUUGUUCUACACUAUAUCCUCUACAUUGAACCACAUAUGGAAACCACUGGUCUUCAGACAAAGAGAACCAGUGGGAGAAAAACAGGUGAGAGGGGCAGAAGUAGGGGAGGGAGGUGGAGUCAGUAACGGUGGGUGACGAGCAGAUCCUCAGAAGAGCACAUGACAGACAGGUACACCAGGAGUGGGUUAUCUAGGGAUAAAAUACAGAGCAACCGAGAGAAAUAUGAGGGAAAAUGGAAGACUAUAACGCUUGGAUAUAAAUGGUUGGCUAUACCUGCUAGAAGUUGGAGACAGUGAAGGCAAUAAGGACACAUACAUAGAGGCCCAACAAAGUGUGUGUGUGUGUGUGUGAGGGGCAUCCAUCCAAGCUGAGAAGAGGUGUACUAACAGACAGAAGAGUGCAAGUACAAGUACAAACACACACUUGCUGAGGGGUGGACAAAGUAAAUAUACUAAGCCACCAUGUGACAUCAGAGGCAAAUGCUACUCGAUGGGGAAUGGAGCUUCCAACAACACCCCCUCCAAACAACUCCGAGCUAUACUUGUCGCUCGGCAACCACACGGCAGCAGUGACAACCGACCCGCUCUCGCAGAAUGCCUUCUUGGCAAGCCUGCUCCUCUCAUGCCUCUACACGAUCUUACUGUUCCCGCUCGGCCUUCUGGGUAACCUCUUGAUCCUGCUGGUGAACCUUGACCCCUGCUCGCGCAUGACCACGCCUGACCUGUACUUCACCAAUCUGGCACUGGCGGACCUGGUGCUGGUGCUCGACUCGCUCAUCGAGGUGUUCAACGUCAACGCCCAUUACUAUGACAACGCCCUGCUCUGCACCUGCAUGGCUCUGUUUCUGCAGGUGAACAUGUACAGCAGUGUGUUCUCUCUGACAUGGAUGAGCCUGGACCGCUGCAUGGCCCUGACGCGCCUCUCAGACCGUGCGCUCUUCGCCAGUGCCAGCCUACGGCGUGCGCGCCUCGCCUGUGCCACCAUCUGGGUGGCAGCGAUUCUGCUCACCCUGAUCCCGUUUGGCGUGGCGCACGCUCGUCAUGGCUGGGGCCAGGGCUUCUGCUUUGCGGGCAUGGCCGAGGUCCAGUGGCUCGAGGUGACCGUUGGCUUCCUGCUGCCCUUCUGCAUCAUCUGCGCGUGCUACACGCUGAUCGGCCGGGCGCUCAUGAAUGCCCGGCCGUUGGGCGUGCAGGGGCACGGGCGGCUGAAGGCCCUGCGGAUGAUCGUGGCGGUGGUGACCGUGUUCUUCGUCUGCUGGCUGCCCGAGAACGUCUUCAUCGGCGUGCACCUGCUGCGCGGCGCCACCGGGCCGUCGCGUCGCCGCGGCAACAGCUCACUGUGGCAACAGUACCCACUCACCGGUCACCUGGUGACUCUGGCCGCCUGCACAAACUCCUGCCUGAACCCACUGCUCUACAGCCUCAUCGGCGGGACGUUCAUUCGCAAACUGCGCCUGUUCAUCAAGCACCGCGCGCGGUGCUCCCACACCCCCGGUCAUGCGCACGGUGAUCAUCACGCCUGUCCACACCAACACCAUGAGGAGUUUGGCCACAGUAAUGCGCAGGAGGCCGCGCCAGAGCGAGAGUGUGUGUGUGCGAGGCAGCCAGAGAGCAGUUCAGACUACAACGGGUGUGGGUGACAGCACCAUGCUCCACACUCAUACUGCACGCCACACUACAGAGCUAGACAGCCUUGCAAGUGAAUAGAUGAAGUGCAGCGGACAAGACUAUAAACAGUCAGUAUGCAGACAGACUGCAAAAGGUAUGGAAGCCGUUCAGCAGGAAGAGCAGUCAACCAGAAAUCACUGCAUUCGCAGCCUUGUGAGAACUAGACAAACUAAAGACAUACAAGACUAACUCCUUCUGAGGUAGUCAAUGUAAAUGCUGUAGCACAAUGCUUUGAGCACUGCUGGCCUGACGACACAAAAGCCCUGGACUAUACAAAACAAGCUCUUGCUGAUGCAGACGGACACAAGUGCAACACAACAAGUGAUUCAACGGAGCACAAAGACAAGCACACUCCAAAACAAUAAUCAAUUAAUAAUUUGGCCACUGAUCUUUGACACAAAAACAAUUAACCAAAG